CACCCCAUCAGCCGCCAUUUUUCUCCUCCUUUCCCCUCUCUCUCACGAAGCCAUGCUCUCGCUGUCCGCCCGACCCAUCCUCUCCGCCUUCCUCCUCCCCAAGCCCAAACCUCCGCGCCUCCGCCUCCUCCGACCCCUCCACUCCUCCGCCUCCGCCUCCGCGCUGACGCCGCCCACCCCGCGUACCACCACUCCCGACCUCCCGGAGGACGCAGACCCCACGCCGCUCUUCCUCCGCCCUCCGACCCACCCCGUCCCGGAGGCCUCACUCGCCGCCUUCCGCCGCAGGGCCGCCGCGCUCGUCCCGCCAUCCGCGCCGCACCUCCACCGCCACCUCCGCUGGCUCCUCGCCGACGCCUCCGCCCCCGCCCCGUCCAGCGCCGACCCGGCGGCGCCCCACCUCCUCCGCGCGCCGCUCGAUGAGCUCGAGGCCCUGUGGCUCCGCCACGUCCGGGACAGGCGCCCGUUCCAGUAUGUGGUUGGGAACGAGCACUGGAAGGACCUGGUGGUCGCCGUCCGGGAUGGCGUGCUCAUCCCGCGGCCCGAGACGGAGGCCGUCGUGGACAUGGUCGCGGCGGUCGAGGGGUUCCAGGACGGGUGGUGGGCGGACCUCGGGACCGGGAGCGGCGCCAUCGCCGUGGCCGUGGCCAGGAUGCUGGGGCCCCGGGGGAGGGUGUUCGCCACCGACGUCAGCGAGGUGGCUGUUGAGGUCGCGCGGCUCAACGUCCAGAGGUACGGGGUGCAGGAUAAAGUUGAGAUAAGGCACGGCUCAUGGUUCGAACCUCUAGAAGAUGUCAAAGGAAAACUGAUGGGUGUCAUUAGUAACCCUCCAUACAUACCAACUGAUGAUCUACCUGGCCUGCAACCUGAAGUUGGUUGGCAUGAACCAAAAUUGGCACUUGAUGGAGGCAAAGAUGGCCUUGAUCAUUUGCUUCAUCUAUGUGAAGGGUUAUCUUCGGCACUGAUGCCUGGAGGUUUCUUUGUUUUUGAGACAAAUGGCAACAAGCAGUCAGAGUUUCUUGUCGACUUCAUUAGUACAAAGUGGAGCUCAUCUUUUUGCGACGUGGAGGCAGUUUUAGACUUUGCAGACAUCAAACGUUUUGUAAGAGGGUACCGCAGAUGAAAAAAAGAAAACAUGGAUGCUGAUGAAAUAUUCUUGGAGAUCACUUCUGUUCCUUAGUGAUUUUGGGUAAGAUUGCCCAAUUUCUGACUUGUUUGCAGUGCAGCAGCAGCACUUGGUUGUUUUCAACCAUCAUCUUCUGUCUCUGGCAUCCCUGCAGUUUGUGGAUCUUUAGUUAGUGAAAUAUGUGCUUAUUCUAUGGUAGUCCAUAGUUACUAUAUGCUAGAUUGUGGAAAACUGACAAGUGACGCUCAGCUUGGGACAUAUUAUAUGCUAACUGCUAAGGUGUCAUAUAACUUUUAAGGUUCCUUUUCUUUUUCUUCAGAUGAUGGCUUCUUUAUAUCCUAGUCAUUCAAGUGAUACAACACUGCUUUAAAUGAUACCUCUCUUUUGUGAAAGAUAUAAUUGCUGUCUUAUCGUCG